AUGCCUGGAUCACCCACCCGCAGUCGUCCACCCACCACCGUGGCUGGAGGCACAGGGGCAACACCAACCCCGGCGAAUAAUGUCGGCGGUGGUGCCGGUGGGGGCGACCGAGGCUUCCGUAAAGGCGGCAAGGAUGAUGUUCUCAAUGAAGGCAAAGGACAUGUAGAUCCCAGCAACCCCCAUGAAACCAUGGGCAGUUUUCUCGGUCUUAGCGAUCAAAAAUCCCGGGCUGAGGCCAAGUAUUUUGCGCGCGCAGAUCUCGCGGGAGACGAUGUCAAGUCCACGACCGACAGCGGGGAGCCUACUUGUGCCGUAGAAGAUCAUUCCUUCAUGGGGACUAAGCCCGGUGGUGCGGAUACCUUGCCUGGUUGGGGAACCAUGAAGAGCAUGUUCGAGAACUUGAAAUGA